UCAAGCUAAGCCGCGAUUUAACUGACUUGAAGUCAAAUCGAACUGACAACUUGGAAUCCUCAAAUCGACUAAUAGAUAAAAAUCAAAAUGGAGACACAAUAAUCAUCACUGACAGUAAUAAAAUAAAAGAAAAG